GAAGAAACCCGUGACCCCCGUUUUCAUGACGUACACAUACAGAAACGCCAUGUUUUAGAGAGAAGAGGAGAGUUUCUGUUAUUUCUACGAUGAUUUCAUGUUUAAUUUUAACCUUAUAAACAAAGUAUCACAAGACCAUUGUGAGAUCCUAGCAGAUAUUGUAAACACCAACAAUGGCUGAUUCUGGUGGCCGGAACUUCUCCUUCAAAUGUGUGCUUUUGGGAGAAGGAUGUGUUGGGAAAACUUCAUUAGUUCUGCGAUAUGUCGAAAACAAAUUUAAUGAUAAACACAUAACAACAUUACAGGCAUCUUUUCUCACCAAAAAACUUAACAUUGGAGGAAAGAGGGUCAACUUGUCUAUAUGGGACACAGCGGGACAGGAGAGGUUUCAUGCCCUCGGUCCUAUCUACUACAGGGACAGUAAUGGUGCAAUACUGGUGUACGAUAUCACAGACGAAGACUCCUUCCAGAAGGUGAAAAACUGGGUAAAGGAGUUACGGAAAAUGUUAGGGAACGAAAUCUGUCUGUGCAUAGCUGGAAACAAAAUAGAUUUAGAAAAAGAACGGCAUGUUUCUGUGGCAGAAGCUGAAGCUUAUGCUGCAUCAGUAGGAGCCAAACAUUUUCACACCUCAGCAAAACUGAACAAAGGUAUAGAGGAAAUGUUCUUAGAUUUAAGUAAAGGUAUGAUAGAAAAAGCCGGGGAGGAUAAUAACCGUAAUCAGAGAGACGGUACAAAUCGCAAAAGUGUCGUCGUUGUCGACGAUGAAACCCCAACACAGCAAAAAUCUGGAUGUUGUUGAUGUCGUUGCCAUAGUGAACCUAAUUAGAUUGAACUUUGAAAAGACUGAAGGUCUUUUUGAACUUUAUACAUGUUUUAAGAUGUUUAAAUUCAGUAAGUUCAGUAAAAUGCAUAAAACGGUUUUUCUUAAUGAAACAUGGUUACAUGUACAGAGUGCUAAUAUGGAAACAUUAAUUUUGUAGUGUUUUAUGCUUUUUUUUUUUUUUUACAUGUACAGAAAAUUGCACAUGUAUAAUGGAAGUGAAACAAAUGUUUAAUUUAUAGGAAUUAUAGGAAUUCUAAUAUUUAUUCCCAUGUGGGUUUGUAAUUUUGGCAUUAAUUCAUCGGAGGAGAUGCAUAAUAUGUAUGGUGGGAUUUAGCCUACCUGGUAUGCAUUUCAGGAUUUUUUUUUUUUUUGAUCAUCAUGUAAAGUACAAGAAGAGAUCUUGUCCCUCAUGAAAAAUACAUUUUGUGCAGUGUUAUCUGCUAUAUAAUUGUAAUUGUGUGAAAAUUGAAAUUAAAGAUUUUGUAUUCUUUAAUAUGAAAAUGAAUUGAUGGUUUACACACUGUAUAAAUGUGAAAUAUGUUUGUGGAUAUUUUUUUCGACUCUUCCACUGGCAUUCUUUGCCAUCUUUCAUGUUAUGUUUGGCGAAUCUUACAUAAAUCCAUUCAUUGUUUUUAAAAAAUGAAUUACAUGCUAACUUUACAUACAUGUACUGUUUUUCAUAGUAUAUGGUAAGAUUCAAUGUUUUGGUUUUAAAUGUCAUAAAUCUUCCUUUUUAGUAAAUUUUGUUUGUUGUGAGCUAUGUCAUUUUUAUAUCAACAAAAUUUCUCAGAUUAAUUCAAACUUGCAUGGCAAAUUAAUGAUUUAUAUUUUAGAUAGUAUACAGACAAGUCCUUUUGUGAUGUAGUCAUAUUUCCUACAUGUACAUCAAAUCAUAUGUGAAAUAUAUAUGAAUGAAUAUAAAUGUGUCAUAACUGAUUUUUUUUUUUUGGAAAAAAUUUUACUUUAUGUGAAAUAUUCUCAUGUACUGUUAUCUUGCAUUAAAUGAAUUAAUUUAAUUUUAAGGUUUAUUGGCCCUCUGAUAAGGGAGAUAACUCACACUGGAAUAACUAACUAUAACAUUGUCUAAUUCAAAGGUCUUUUCUUUCAAAUGUUUCCCUGCAAGGUACAUUAAAAUUUUAUGUAUUUUUAUAAUAAUAAAUAACAAUUCUUUUGAAAAAACUGUGUUUCAGGGAAUUUUUUUUUGAAGGGGGGGGGGGGUUAAACAGAGGGAUAAUGAACCUUAAACUAUAUUUUAAUAAUUCUGUCUUUAAUGACAAUGUGAAAUGGAACUACCUUUUCAUAUUGAAAUGUAGCAAGUAAACCAUACUUACUUGUACAGUAUAUAUAUAUAUAUGUACAUGUACUGUAUAUAUAGAUUGAUCAGUGAAUUUCUGAAAAGAAACACAUUUUUACUGAUCUUUUCUUUCAGUUGUUAAUGAAAUAUCAACUGUAAUCUGCAAAAGAUGCCAUAAUUUCUUAUUCAUUUUAUAAGUUAUAUACACUCUGCUUCAUUAAAACUUAAGUACCUUACUGUUAAAUGUACAGUAUAUGAUAUUUCUGAAAUGUCCAAAGAAUAUUCAUCAAUAACUGUACAAAUUUUAUGAGUCAUCUUUAGCUUUAGACUGAUUCAGCAUUGUGUUUGCUUUUGGUGUAAAAUAAUGCAUGGUGUAAUUUAUUAUAGAGAAGUGUUAUAUUAAAUGUUUCCUACUAAUAGAAUUAUUUUGGAACGACAGAAAUGCUGAAUUUGCCACAUUGAGCAUCCAUGGCUUUCUGAGGUUCUGUGUAGCUCUUUUGUCCCGAAGUUUGUAAAAUACGAUUCCUUGUGGUAAAACCACAUUUUUCUUCAAACACCUCAUCAAACCAACCUUUAAGCACAUGAGAUGCACAAGGCAAAUGCAGUAUUUUUGUCGUUUGUGAAAAUAAGAUUUUGAGCUUGUCCAUCAUUUUUUUCAAGGUACCCAACCUCUCUUUUGAUAGAUUGGGAUUACUGUUAAUAACUCCCAGCCUGUAGAGAGAUGCUUGAAUGAUUGUAUUGUAUUGUACCGGUAUUUUUAUCUUGUUUGGAAGGAACAUAUACUUGUACCUUUGUUUCUGAAAUGUUUGAAUGAGGUUGGCAUGACUGGAAUGUAAGCAGAGCUCUAUUUGAUUUUUUUGCACGUUUUAUAGUUAUCUAUCAGUAUAAAUCAUUGUUUUUUCAACUUUGUGGAUAGAACAUCAGAUAUUGUGAAAUUUCUUUUUUUCAUUAUUCACCAUAUUUGUACAGAGGUAUUUUUAAAUAUAUUUUUUUCUGACAGAGGUUAGUUCUUUUCAUUAUAAUGAGUGCAAAAAUCAGAUCAAAACAAAGAAAUUUUUGUUCAUAUUGAAGAAUGGGACAAAGAAAAAUAACAUUUAUUUGAAUAGAUUUUCUCAUUUUCAGGGAAUAUUGUGCUAAACUGUGGUAUUUUCCAAUGUCACAUACUUUAGACUUGGCUAUAGCAUCUAGCUCAGUGGGAUGUUUAGCCAACGGUUUUAUGUCUGUGUCUAAUGUAUUUUUAAAUGAAAAAAUGCAAGGGUUGCACACAUAAAUAUUAGAUCAAUUAAACUUAACAAUUGAUAAAUCUAUUGUACUGCAAGGGCAUGGAGUUGUUAGUUCGGUAUAAAUGUAUAGACAGCUUUACAGAGUACAUGAGCAAAGAUUAUUAUAGAUGUUUUUUUUAAUGAACUGCAGCAUCAAGUUGUCAGUUUGAUUGCUUUUCCUGAAUAAUUGAGAGAACUCUGUGAUAAAUUGUUAUUUCAUGUGAAUGUAUAAAAAAAUUAUUCAACUA